GAGGCCCGCGCGGCCCCGCGCCCACCCGCCUGCCACCUGGCCCGUCGCCUGCAUCCGCACCGCCGGCCUGCGAGGUGGGGCCGGCCGGGAUGCCCGCCUUACGGAAGAAGAAACAGGUUCAGAACCCGGAGGACGUCCCCCGCGCGCUGAGCUAAGGACGAGCUUCGGGGGUUUGCGCCCCCUCCCCCUCCACGUGCAUGCCUUGCCCUUCACCUGCGCCCGGGACCCCCGCUCCCCGCCUUGGAAACCCGCGCCCGCCGCGCAGCACACGGAGGGAAGAAAGGCUCGCAGAGGGCCGGGGCUGGGGGCUGGACCGCGGUGGCCGCUCUGCCUCGCAGUCCUCACAAAGGGGGAAACAGACCUUGAAGGAUGCAGUGUCUGACCUCGAGUGCUUUGGAACGUGGGUCUUGGGGCUCAGAUUAGAAUUCCUUCCUUCCACACUUUUUCAGUACGAUAGAGGCUUGGUGGACCCUCCACUUCCCACCAGACCCCCCCCAGGCCUCGUUCCUGGCACACAGGCCCUCUGCGGCCUCUAUUGAGAGCCUGUGCAUAGCAGAAGGCUCAAUACACAUUUGUUUUUGGUUGUUGUUUUUUUAAAUAUUUUUUUUAUUUAUUCAUGGGAGAGGCAGAGGGAAAAGCAGGCUCCCUGGAGGAAGCCUGAUGGAGGACUGGAUCCGAGGACCCGAGAUCACGACUUGAGCCGAAGGCAGAUGCUCAACCACUGAGCCACCCAGGUGCCCUACACAUUUGUUAACUGAACUAUGAACAAGGAGAAGCUCUGUGAAUGAGGCCAACCUACCUCCUGCCCUCUUAGGACCUACAUCAUUAAGGAGGGCCGGGAGGGGCACAUAGAGGGUAUACAUGAGCAAAUACCUCAGCCAGAUCCUUCAAGGCUCGCGAUGAGUGAUAAAAUAAAAGGAAUAAAAUAAGGGUAACAAGUGGCACAGUUGGCGGAACUCCUUUAAUUGGGCGCUCAGGGCACCUGGGUGGCUCAGUGGUUGAGCGUCUGCCUUCUGCUCAGGUCAUGAUCCCAGGAUCCUGGGAUGAGUCCCGCAUCAGGCUCUCCUCUGCCUAUAUCUCUGCCUCUCUCUGUGUGUCUCUCACGAAUAAAUAAACUUAAAAGAAAAAAUUGGGUGGUCAAAGGAGGUGGCCGUGAAGAAGCCCCCUUUGAUGACAGAUGGGGAAGCUGAGAGCCAGGAAAGAAUUGAGGACAGAUGGAGGUCAUGGUGCAAGGCCUUCAGCAGGGUGGGGCUACAUUAGAUACAGUGGUCAGUGCUCUCGAGAGGAUAAUUGAGCUCAGCUCUGAAUAACAAUAUGAGGAACCCUCUGGCCUGGAGCAGUACUCCAGGGAGAUUAGCAUGUGAAGUUCACUGGGAGCUGGGCUGGGGACUCUGGGGAGGACAGACCCUGGCCCUGACCUCAGGGGGCUUGUGUCCGGUGGGGGUGGGGAGGGGAGAGAGGACAGUCAACAAAUAGAUCUAUGUUAUGAUGUGGCCAGUGCCAGGAAGAAAAAAAAAAAAAAAACUUGUAAGGGUUGGAGGGUGGGGCAGGGUGUCGAUGCCACUUCAAACAGUGAUCAGAACUGAGCUGCUUUGCGGAGGGAAGUUCAAGGAGGCCCCCGUGGAGGGAGGUGACACAGUUGCCUGUUUGCUUUUAAUGGUGAUUCCAGGUUUUGGAGCAGAGCAGAUGGAUCUAUAGGAUCUCAACCCUCCUGGCCUUAAACUAUCCCUCAAGGCUCUGGUCUCAGAAAACUAAAGAUUUUUAAGUGGGCAAAAGACCCUCUUGGGUCUGAUCUCAUUUUCUCACAAAACUCAAUCACCCAUGCCCUCCCCCCUUCCUUGUUAUUCUUGAACACACAAGGCUAGCUGGUCCCCUCACCUCCCUCAAGUCUCAAUUCCACCAUGUUCUACCCUGGAGAAAAGUGAGCCUCCCCCCUCGACCCCAGUAACCCUUUAUAAUCCCUCCUCGAUUUAUUUAGCCCCAUUGCAACUUGGAAGGCACUCCAAGUUUUGCAGUUACUUCUUUGAGCCUGUCUCCCUCAGAAAUAAACUGUGAUAGGCCAGGGAUUCUUUUCUUUAAAGAUUUUAUUUAUUCAUGAGAGACACACAGAGAGAGGCAGAGACAUAGGCAGAGGGAGAAGCAGCUCCCUGCAGGGUCCUGAUGCAGGGCUGGAUCCCAAAACCCCAAGAUCAUGACCUGAGCUGAAGGCAGAUGCUCAACCAUUGAGCCACUCAGGUGCCCCUUAUUUUCUGUCUUGUUCACGGCUCUAUCCUCAGUGCUUAGAGCAGAACCCAGUGCACAGUGAAUGCUCAAAAAAUGUUUGUCCACUGGAUUUUUGUUGUAAUGCAUUUAAUGGAACAGUCCCGAUUACUCAUAGGCGCCCAGGGAGAAACGUGGCCCUUACUGUUAUGUCUCUCUCGCCGGGAGUGUGCGUGGGCACCGUGCGCCUUAGUUGCACCCGCCCCUAAAACGGAAUCAGAAGUAGCAGUUUGUGUGCGUGGUCGUGAGACCUGGGCGUCAUUAAGAUUUGGUCCCUAAGAAAAUGCAGUGGGCUCGGCUUUGAUCAAGCGGGGCUGCCGCCCGGGGCCCCUGCGGGGCCGCCCCAGCCUCUCCCGUCAGGCCCCGCCCCCCGGGGGCGGAGCCACGGGCCGGGCCAGCACGUGUAAGAGUUCGCCGCGGGUCGCCGCAGUCACUCACCUGAGCGCCACGGACUGAGAGCGCACGGCCCUCGCGUCCUCCGCCCGCCAGCCCGCCCGGCCCGCGACCCAUGUCCCGCCGCAAGGCCGGCUGCACGCCCCGCCGAGUCGACCCCGCGCCCGCCUCCAGCACCGACGACGAGAUGGAGAUGCCGGACCUCGUCAUCGAAGUGAAGCCCGAGCCAGACGCGCGGCCCCUGCAGGCCCCGGGGCUGGGGCUCUUCUCCCCGAAGGAAGUGCCCGCGCCCGCGCCGGGGCGGUUCGACGGCGAAGCCCGCCACUCCCCCGGGCCCGAGCCCGUGCCCGCCGGGAGCCCUCUCCACGCCCUCGGCGCGCGGAACCAGUGGGCGCUGUGGACGCCGCUGAUCGGCAACCCUCGCGACCGCCAGCCCUGGACGGACAAACACCCAGAUCUGUUGACCUGCGGCCGUUGCCUGCAGACCUUUCCGUUGGAGGCCAUCACUGCUUUCAUGGACCACAAGAAGUUGGACUGUCAGCUUUUUAGAGGCCCCAGCCCCUGCCAGGGCUCAGAGCGCAAGGACCCCAAGGCCCUGAGCUGCUUCCGCUGCGGGAGGCAGUUCACGGGGGCCUGGAAACUGCUGCGCCAUGCCCAGUGGGACCACGGACUGUCCAUCUACCAGACGGAAGCUGAGGCCCCAGAGGCCCCACUACUGGGCCUGGCCGAGGUAGCUGCUGCUGUGUCGGCCGUGGUGGGGCCCGAAGCGGAGGCCCAGGGCCCCCGAAUGAGCAUCGUCCCCAGGCGGAGCCCCACCUGCCCUGUGUGCGCAAAGACCCUCAGCUCCUUCAGUAACCUCAAGGUGCACAUGCGCUCACACACCGGCGAGCGGCCCUAUGCCUGUGACCAGUGUCCCUAUACCUGUACCCAGAGCAGCAAGCUCAACCGCCACAAGAAGACCCACCGGCAGCCCCAGCCCCAGAGCCCCUGCAGGGCUGAAGCCAGUCAGGAACAGGCCUCUGCCACUGCCCCUCCUGAGCCAGCUGCUCACGCUGCAGCCCCAGCCAGCACCCUCCCAUGUGGUAGAGGUGGGGAGGGUGCCGGGGCCGCUGCCACUGCAGGCGUCCAGGAACCGGGGGCUCCUGGCGGUGGGGCUCAAGUAGGCCCUGGUGGGGCCAGCUGGGGACCUAACACCAAGGUAGAGAGAACUGAACCUGCUAAGAGUGAGCUGUCCCCAAAGAAGAUGCCAAAGCCAGUGGGCAAGAGCCGCGGGCCUGGGGGCAGCUGUGAGUUCUGCGGGAAGCACUUUACCAACAGCAGCAACCUGACGGUGCACCGGCGCUCCCACACGGGCGAGCGGCCCUACUCCUGCGAGCUCUGCUCCUAUGCCUGUGCCCAGAGCAGCAAGCUCAAUCGCCACCGCCGCAUGCAUGGCCUGGGGCCCGGCAGCCCCCGCUUCGAGUGUCCCCAUUGCUGUGUGCCCUUCGGCCUGCGGGCCACCCUGGACAAACACCUGCGGCAGAAGCACCCCGAGGUGGGUGGGGAGGCCUGAGCCUUGGGCACACCCUCCCUGCUGCUCCUGGUACCACUGGGGCUGCCGCUCGUUCAUCUCCUUGUCCUUUCUCUGCUGCAAGUAAAUCUGCCCUGCCUAGCUACA